AGUCCCCGGUGGAGCUUAACCGUCCCUUCCGCCAGGACGCCAUGAAACGUAACCGCGACUUCAGCUCGUCCGACAGCGAGCUGGACGAAGCCGUCGAGGUGGAGAAGGACAGCGGCGAUGAGAACGGACGGGUCGGUUCCCCCCGUCCUCUCGCUCUCGGAUCGCCCGAUACUUCCACCCAGGUUCAGGCGAGGAAACGGCGGAGAGGAAUUAUUGAGAAACGGCGUCGCGACAGGAUCAACAACAGCUUGAGCGAACUUCGCCGGCUGGUGCCCAGCGCCUUUGAAAAGCAGGGUUCGGCCAAGUUGGAAAAAGCUGAAAUUUUGCAGAUGACAGUGGACCACCUCAAGAUGCUCCAUGCUGCUGGCAGCAAAGGCUUUUUUGACGCGCACGCACUGGCCAUGGAUUACCGGGGUCUGGGUUUCCGCGAGUGUCUGGCGGAGACAGCUCGCUACCUGGGAUCCAUGGACAACGCCGACCCCCUGCGGAUCCGGCUGCUGUCGCACCUGAACAACUACGCCGGCCGGCGCGAGGCCCACCCGGGUUUGGGCCACCUAGGGGCCUGGGGCUCCGCUUUUGGCUCGCCAGUCGCCCAUCUCCGCCCGCUCUUGGCUAACGACGUCGGCCCCUCGUCGGCUUCGUCGUCACCCGAGAGGCGGAGCGCCGUCGCCCCUCGCUCGGAACUCUCGCCCGCCGAUAUACGAGCCCCCGUCCCGCACCCCGCUUUGACGUCCCCGACAACGACCAAACACCUCCUUUCGGCGUUCCCUUUCCCGUUUGGCGCUUUUCCGCUGAUCGCCCCAACCGUGGGCCCCCCGAGCCAGACGGCGCCCACUGUUGGCAAACCUUACAGACCUUGGGGGAUGAUGGAGAUUGGUGCUUUUUGACACAAAGACUCGCUAUGAGCAGGACUCGGGAAAACCCAGCACGUCUCCUUUAUUUUUUGUCCUCACGCCUUCCGUCCAAGGCCCGGGGGCCUGAUCUGGCCCGUGAAAGUAAAUCAUGUGCAUCGAUGUAAUCUAAGAAAAUUUCAAAUCAGAGGGAAUUUUUCCUUUUUUUCCUUUUCUGAUAAUCAUAAAUCAACAAUUUUUUAAUAUAAAAAGUUUUUCCCCCUUUUUUAUUAUUAAGAACUCAUUGUUCGAUCGCUGCCAGCCCGCCCAGUCAAAUUGGAUUGGACGUUUAUUGCCGUCAAUGGCACAGAUCGGUUAUUGUUGCUGGUACUUCACGACGGUUUCCUUUAAUAAACACGCUCUGAUGAAUCAA